AAGAUGAAUGGAAUCUUCUGGUUAUUGUAGUUGAUGCAAACCCAAUUUGGUGGGGAAAGCAAGCAUUAAAGGAAUCUCAGGAGGAUCUUCCCUGCCUCUUCUGACUUCUGGUGGUUGCUGCAGUCCCUAGCGUUCCUUGGCUUGAAGAUACCUCAGUCCAGUCUCCGACUGUGUCAUCACAUGGGGCUGUCUCCUCCCUGAGUGUCUCCGUUUUCUCCUCUAAGAACAUUGGUGUCCUUGGAUUAGCGUGCCUCCUACUCCAGUGUGACCUCUUCUCAUUUGAUUUUAUUUGCAGUGAUUCUGUUUGCAAAUAACAUCACAUUCACAGUUUACUCUAUCCAAAUGCAUGGAUGCUGUGAUGGUACUAGGAAAUUCUCAUUUAUUCAUGAAUCGUUCCAACAAGCUUGCUGUGAUAGCAAGUCACAUUCAAGAAAGCCGAUUCUUAUAUCCUGGAAAGAAUGGCAGACUUGGAGACUUCUUCGGAGACCCCGGCAACCCUCCUUCUGAAUUUAAUCCCUCUGGGAGUAAAGAUGGAAAAUACGAACUUUUAACCUCAGCAAAUGAAGUUAUUGCUGAAGAGAUUAAAGAUCUAAUGACCAAAAGUGACAUAAAGGGCCAACAUACAGAAACUCUGCUGGCAGGAUCCCUGGCCAAAGCCCUUUGCUACAUUCAUAGAAUGAACAAGGAAAUUAAAGAUAAUCAGGAAAUGAAAUCAAGGAUAUUGGUGAUUAAGGCUGCAGAAGACAGUGCAUUGCAGUAUAUGAACUUCAUGAAUGUCAUCUUCGCAGCACAGAAACAGAAUAUUUUGAUUGAUGCCUGUGUUUUAGACUCCGAUUCAGGGCUCCUCCAACAGGCUUGUGACAUCACAGGAGGACUGUACCUGAAGGUGCCCCAGAUGCCGUCCCUUCUGCAGUACUUGCUGUGGAUGUUUCUUCCCGAUCAAGAUCAGAGAUCUCAGUUAAUCCUGCCACCCCCAGUUCAUGUUGACUACAGGGCUGCUUGCUUCUGUCAUCGAAAUCUCAUUGAAAUUGGUUAUGUCUGUUCUGUGUGUUUGUCAAUAUUCUGCAAUUUCAGCCCCAUUUGUACUACCUGCGAGACAGCCUUCAAGAUUUCUCUGCCUCCAGUACUGAAAGCCAAGAAAAAGAAGCUGAAAGUGUCUGCCUGAGGAUCAGCUGUUUUCUUGGCCUGUUAGUGCUGUUAAUAGAAAUUAUGUAGCAGAAUCUUUGUCGGGAAGACUGAACAAAAUAAAGAUAGGUAUAGGAUGAUUUUUAAUGUAGUGACCUUCUUACAGAAAGUAUUUCCCGAACAUCCUUCCCAUCCUGUGCUUCUGGAGCACUGAUUUGUUUCAGGGAGUCAUUCUAUGCAAUAAGAUCCUAAAAUAUUCUAUGACUCGUUUCUGUCCAAAAAGGAGCAAGAAAGCACAUGUUUGUGGCUUUUAUUUUUUUAAUGAAAUGAUCAUUCGUUAAAGUCAGCUUGUCAUUACCCACCAUGGGCUCUGUAACCUACUACCUGAAUCCAGGUCCUCAUUGUGAAAUGCGUGGCAUGCGAAAUUUGACCUUAGCUUUGGAAAAGGGAUUGUUUGUGGAGUGAUGGCACUAAUCAACAUAGAGCAUCUUAUUUGAAUCAACAGUUAACUGCAAUAGUCAUGUAAAUAAAAUUCUUUUUUUUUUCUAAAGACAGGGUUUACCAUGUUGGCCAAGCUGGUCUUGAACUCCUGACCUCAAGUGAUCCGUCCACCUUGGCCUCCCAAAGUGCUGAGAUUACAGGCGUGAGCCACCGCGUCCGGCCAUAAAAUUCUUACUGUCUAAAUUGAGACAGAUAUUAGCCUCAGAUAUUUAUUUGCAAAUAUUUACUUUUUUGUCUGAUAUCAGUACAUAUGUGGACAAAGUCAUCUACAUAAUAGUUUGUCACCAAAUAACUACAAAAUCUCAUUUUAAAUGAGUAAGGAGAACAUGUGCAGAAGAAAAUCUUCAAAAACAGUUGUGGGAAGAGCUUAUUUGUGAAAGCUAAUGACUGGUUCUGAGGGAGAAUUUUCUGGGGAAAAUGGGCUCUCUGUUAAGUAUGGUUUUCAUAUUGAAUUCUUUCCUUUUUUAAUGGAGGGGGGGAAUCCACGUUAAUAUUGAAACUGCAUCUAUAAGCCCAGCACUUUGGGAGGCCGAGGCAGGAGGAUUGCUUGAGCCCAGGAGUUCAAGAGCAGCCUGGGCAACAAAGUGAGAGCCUAUCUCUGCUAAAAAUUUGGACUGAACACCGAAAAUGUUUAUAAGUUCAAAAGCAAAAGUAUUUGUAAUGUCAACAACAAAAAAUAUAUUUUUCUAUGUAAUCUUGAAAUUAUUAAGAGUCCUUUUAGCUUCUAGCACAUAUUUGUACAAAGAAUUUAAGGAAUAGUGGCUGGUUUGGUUUGUCUUCUUUAAAUGUGUACUGAUGGCCAGGUGCAGUGGUUCACGCCUGUAAUCCCAGCACUUUGGGAGGCCGAGGUGGGUGGAUCACCUGAGGUCAGGAGUUUGAGACCAGCCUGGCCAACAUGGUGAAACCCUGUGUCUACUAAAAAUACAAAAAAUAGCUGGGCAUGGUGGCAAGUGCCUGUAAUCCUCGCUACUGGAUAGGCUGAGGCAGGAGAAUCGCUUGAACCCAGGAGGCGGAGGUCACAGUGAGCCAAGAUGGCGCCAAUUGCACUCCAGCCUGAGCAACAAAAGUGAAACUGCUUCUCAAAAAAAAAAAAAAGUGUACUGACAAACCCAUUGUGUACAAAACUUUGUAUGUAAAUAAGAUUUUAAUUUUCUCUUUAUACAAGCUGAGUCUUACUAAAAUAAUUUGAUACUUAGAUAAUUUCAGAUAGAUUUUAUAUUCUGGAUAUGUGCUUUUAAACAAAUAGACAAAGACUGGUGAUCACUUUGCAAAUAUUUGUUAAUCCUUGAGUUUGAGAACCUGUCUUUUAAAAAUAAUACUUAAUAUUUCCUAUACUAAUUGAGCAUAAUGGAAAUCAGUAUUUUAAGUCUAGGAAAUAAAGUGUAUAUCUAAAAGAGAUAAACUUUUGGCCGGGCGCUGUGGCUCAAGCCUGUAAUCUCAGCACUUUGGGAGGCCGAGGUGGGUGGAUCACAAGAUCAAGAGAUCGAGACCAUACUGGUCAAGAUGGUGAAACCCUGUCUCUACUAAAAAUACAAAAAAUUAGCUGGGCAUGGUGGCGCGUGCCUGUAAUCCCAGCUACUCAGGAGGCUGAGGCAGGAGAAUUGCCUGAACCCAGGAGGCGGAGGUUGCGGUGAGUCGAGAUCGCGCCAUUGCACUCCAGCCUGGGUAACAAGAGCGAAACACCGUCCCCCCAAAAAAAAAGAGAUAAACUUUCAAACAAGCUAGCCAGGCUUUUAUUAUUACUUUUUCACUUGAAAUGUCAUAUAUUUGCUUUGUUCUGUUUAACUUGUUUUUAACUGUUGAACUUACGAGUUAUUUUAUAUAAAUUUUUAUAAUAAAAUAAUUUUCAUAUUUGGUUGAA